AUGACUAUUUUGUUACCAGGUGAUACCCUUCCUUUAAACUCAAAGCGUGAUGAAAGCUUUAUGGUAAAGAAGGAUGGCUCCAAAUUUACCACUGUUUGGGGAAAAAUGGAUAACGACGAAUUUAUUCCCAUUCGUGGAGCAAUUGUUCCAAAGAUCGACGAUAUUGUUAUUGCUCGUGUUAUUAGAGCUAAGAGAAAAGAAUUACACUUAGUUUUGCUCUCGUGUAACGACGAGCCUUUACAAUCUCCAUUAUUGGCUGAGUUAAGAUCAGUCGAUAUACAAGAACAUGAUGUAGAUAAUGUUAUCGCAUCUGAUUUUGCUAAGCCUGGAGAUUUAGUUAAAGCCCAAGUUGUUGCACUUGGUAGAUCAGGCUUCUAUGCUCAGCUUUCUACAGCAAAAGAUGGACUCGGAGUUGUUAAAAUUGAGGAAGUUCAGGAAUAA